UGUUUACCAACUUCCCAACCAUUAUGCGCUCCACACACUCCUCUCCAGUAGGUGACGGAAAUGCAACAUAAGUUGGUUGGACUUUGACCACCGCCGUUAAACACCAGAAGAAGAAGAAUAAGAAGAAACAAAAAACGACAUGUUGAAGUUUGCUGUUACCCAUUUCGCAAGAAAUACUCUGGCAAAAGUGCAUUACAGCUCGGGGGUCAGCAUUAGGCUUUUGCCCAGUAAUAAGUGCUCUUUUGAAGACCCAGUGCACGUGACCGUGAGUGGCUUAAAUCCCCAACAACGCGUGGUCCUGCGCUCUAAAAUCACCGAUGAAAAGGGACUUGUUUUCAAGGCUUCAGCCACCUACCAAGCAGACAACAGUGGUCAAGUUGACCUGAACCGCGACUCUUCUCUUGGUGGCAGCUUUACCGGGGUUGAACCAAUGGGCUUAUUCUGGGCACUAAAAGCAGACGUCGUAAGCAGCAAAUUUGCACUAACAGACGUGACACGCACUCAACUCGUUGACCUUGAGUGUGUCAGUGACGAUAAAGUCAUCGCUAAAGUAACAAACGAGAGACACUGCAUUGCCGAUGGUAUCCGGAGAAUUCCUGUAACUGAAGGCAGGAUCAGAGGAGCUCUUUUUAUGCCACCUGGUAAAGGACCAUUUCCUGGUAUUUUGGAUACCAAUGUGCUAACAGGACCUCCAUUUGAGUUGAGGGCAGCUCUGCUGGCAAAAAGAGGAUUUGCUGUUUUAGCCUUAGCUUUCCAUGGAUACCAAGAUUUACCUAAAAAAGUUGACAAAUUUCACCUCGAGUAUUUUGAAGAAGGUAUAGAUUUCUUGCGACAACAGCCAGAGGUCAAAGAUCAAAAAAUUGGUCUAGUGUCCAUAUCAAAGAGUGGAGAUCUCGCUUUGUCAAUGGCAACAUUCCUACCUGGUAUAUCGGCCACUGUUUGUGUCAAUGGAUGCAAUUCCAAUACUUUGAUACCGAUCUACUACAACGACAUCUGUGUUCCACCCCUCAUGUUCGACGUAAAGAGAUCAAAAAUGACACCAUUGGGCCUUUUGGAUGUUGGGGAUUGCAUGAAUGACCCGAUGUCCAAAGAAGGCCUUCCUAGCGUUAUUCCCAUUGAGCGUGCCUCUGCUCAAUUCAUGUUUAUAGUGUCAGAAGCUGACAGGAAUUGGCAAAGUGCCUAUUAUGCAAAACUUGCAUGCGACAGACUCAAAGCACAUGGGAAAAAUAACUACGAGCUGGUGAAGUAUGAAAAAGCGGGUCACUUUAUUGAGGUGCCUUAUAUGCCCUUUUGUCUCGCUUAUUUUCAUGCUGCAGCUAACCAUGUGAUUUUCUUUGGUGGGGAACCCAAGGCUCAUUCAGAAGCACAGUGUGACGCAUGGCAGAGGAUUGUGAAUUUUUUUCAAAAAACACUUAGCUGUAACACUUUGCUGUAAGAAAAAGGGCAUUUACAGUACAUAAUAGUAGUCAUAACAUCCAGUUAUAAUGUUGACUUGCAUUUCUAAUCUAGAUAUCAAGUAUUAAAAAAAUCAUUUUAGUGAUAAUGGUUGAUUAUAUGCUUCUAAAUCUAUUGAUGUUUAUAUCAUUCAUACAUAUUAUAAUAUAAUAUUAUCAACGUUGAAUGAAAACAAUUAUGCUGCUAAAAUGUUUUUUAUAAGAAUUAAAUGUGUUACAGUCACUAUUUAAACCAUCCUUACUGAACAAAAAUAUUAUUUUCUUGUUUUCAAAAAACAGUAAUGAACUUUACUGAUAUGCCAUUUUUUUAAUUAUAUCUUAAUUAUAUAUAUUAUAUUUUAAUAACAUCACCAUACUAGGUCCAAUUUAUGGUACAGCCCCUGGUGCCUUCAUUUCAAAGAACCCUUGAUUACAUCUUUAGCCUUAGUAGAGGUAAAAGGAGGUUUUCUUCCUCUUCAGUACUAGGCUUGUUUGAGAUGAGCAAAAUCUGCGCAGAACCGAUCACCGGUGAUCAGCGCGAGAUGCAUGACAGGUGUCGUGCCAAGGUACUUACCCCUGAUAGAAAGUGUAUCCCCGGUCGCGGGAGCGCGCUCGCAUUCAGCAGAAGGUGUGUCAUUGCUUUGUCCAAGGUGAAUUAAACUAUAACACGUGAAUUGUUUAAGUUAUCGUUUUACUGUUGUUUUUUUUUUAAACGAGGUUUAGCAAAGACAGAUAUCACGUGGCCCAUCACAAACAAAUUAUUUUAUUCUUCUGUGGGCAAACGAUCGAGCUUCAUGCACGGAAUGAACUUCAUGCCCCCCCCCCAAUACGGAUACAGAUUCUUUCAGACCGUAUUUUCGACCUGCCAAAAUAUGUAUCCCCCCCCCUAAAAUCUACAGAUGAUGGCCUAUCAUUAAGUGUUUUAUUUUGUGAAUACUGUUCAAAUAUGUCUAAUAACAGCAUUGAAUAUGGACACAUUUCUUGUUUCAUGACAAAAGUUACAGUGGGAUACAGAUUUUUUCAGACCGUAUUUUCGACCUGCCAAAA